CCGGAGGGGAUGGUAUUCGCGCAGAGUGCGUCUGGUACCUUUUUUCAGUGCCCGUUCCAUCGGAUAGCAAGCGGCAGAGAAAGAGAAGGAGCGUUUCGAACAGCAGCAGCAUUGGAAUAUGAUGCAAAAUUAUUAAUUGCAAUCAGCAAUACGAGCACACAAACAGUUCGCCAUCAACGAACCCCAGCGUGAAGUUUUCGUCGUGAAUGGAAAAGUGAAGCUAGUGAACGAGCCGUUUUUUUUCAAUCAAACAAUCCCCGUGGAGGGAGAUGAAAGAAAAAGCAUUUAUAGUUUACUACUCGCCAGAACCGGCUUAAUGGGAAGUGUGUGAAGUGAUAAGCAAAAGAUAAGAAUCCUUUGACAUAACACCAACAUAACAGCACCCGGUAAAGAAUUGAGAGUUUUACUUGGAAACCCGGAAAGUAAAAGUGUUUGUGGAAGUAGAAGUUAGAAUCUUAAAGAGAGUGCGAAAAAAGUGUGUAAAAAUAAGGUUUGCAAAGAAGAAAAAAAGCAAGAGUGGCAAGCGGGCAGGAAAAGUGCUUAGAAGUGCAAAAGUAUGCGCGUGUAACAAAGGCAGAAAGCGGAAGUAAGUAAGCGUAAAGUGUCGAUGAAGCAGUAAAAAUAAGAAAAAGAAAAGCUGCGAAAAAAAAAGUAAAUGGAAAAGAAAAGUUCCGGUGCGUAGCGCAACAGCAAACGGCAGUCUUUUUGCGCAAGUAGUACGCGUUGUGUCGGUGUGUGUUCGUAUGCGGUGUGGCCAUUUUUUUGCAGGCGGUGAAGGAAGUGUCAGCGAAAGAGGGAGGGUUUUUUGCAUGUGUCUCGAGCAUAAGUCCCAAGAUGACGAUGUCAUUUGUCGGUUGAAGCGCUGGAAUCCGAUGGCAAAAAAGCUGCUGAGUUCGCUCGAGGCGAGGAAAAGCGCGUAAAACAGUUUGCCCAACUCCCGUACCGUUGCGCGCCUCGCGGCCGCUUUUCCAGGGUGUACGGGGGAGUGUUUUCUUUCCCGGAAAAGCGUGUAGCAAAGUGUGUGCUGCAUGAGAAAGUGAGACCGGUGAAGGCUGCUCUGGUGAGAGGAAUUCUUCUCUCUCACCGGCUAGCAGCGGGAAAAUUUUGUCAGAGGAAGUAAGUGGGAGAAAGAAAGAGAGGAAGGGAGGAUCUACCAUCUCCCCCCCAUCCACAAGUUCCGCGUCGGCUCGGGGCUCCAUUUUCCGGGCACAGGAAUUUUCCAACUCCCGGAAACGUGCCGCUCUCUCUCUCUCUAUCUCUCAUUCGCUCUGUUUGCGCUCCUGCGUAGAAAAAGGCUGCUGUCCUCGAGUCGCGCACCGGAAGUGAAGCUAAAAGGGGAGAGCUCCGAUCUGAAUUUUUAAUCGUGAAAAGGGAAAUUUGUCGUUCGUUGGAAUUUAGGCAGCAUCGUCGAAAAAUGGAUUACGAGGCGCUUCUUUUGCUACUUCUGGCGUAAGCGACAUCCUGUACUGCCACCAGCUAACUGUGGAAACACGGCCAAAAAGCUACAACAAAGUGAAAAGAGCUUCAUCGGGCAACACGGACUUCUCGCAUUAGCAUAGGAUCCGGAACUCUACAACAGUCAAUCGCAUGGUGUCGCUCUCUGGUGGACAGUAGUAGCAUUAAACGAGAAUCCCCUCUUGUCAUGGCACCAAGAAACAAAAGGUGCUUGUAGCCGGGUAGCAGAAACAGCAAAAGAAACAGGUCUUCUAAGAAGAAUGUCGCUACCGGUGACUACAUAAGCGCCUCGCCCGCGAUGCACCGCAUUUUCCCAACGGCCGACAGCUUUUCCUAGCGCGACAGGUGGUACCUCCCGGAAGGAAAGCGCACAACAAACGCACAUACACGCAGAACGCACUUUCGUCGCAAACCGGUGCCGCCAAUGCAGCAGCCACAGACAGAAGCAGCAGCCCUCGGAUCGCGAUCGGAGCACAACACACGGACGGGGUGCCAGGCGGAGACGGAGCUGGAGGAGGUGAGGGUGGAGAAGACGAAGUACGAAUGAGGAUGUCACCCCACACGCAGACCGCCACCGGUGGGGGUAUAACGAUCAAGCAACCCUUCCAGCCCACACACCACCAAUGGCCAUGGGCCACGCCCGCAAACGGAACGGGAGCUGGAGUAACAACGGGGGGCACCAGCACCACCACCACUACCACAACCAACAGCGCCAGCGCGACAAUGAAUGGCAAUAGUAUAAGCAAUGACAAUAGUGUUGUAAGCAAUGGAACAUCUACUUCUGCGACGGCGCAGGUGGAUCCGCAAGCGAACGCCCUCAACCCGCCACCACCCAUCACUGCCUUCGCGUCGGUCGCCGGACAAUCGCCUUCGACUGCCGGCGGCUCGAACGCCGGUGCCGCACUCCUGCGGGCGGCCGCCGCCGCUGGAAGCGGGAACAGUGCCGUCGCCGUGAGUCCCUCGAACAAACUGAAGCGUCUCCAGCCGAACGCAUCGUCCGUGGGCUCGAGUGCGGCCGCGGCGACCGCUCCGACCACCACCUCCGGUGUUCAGACGGACGGAACAGGAAAAAGCAAUACUUCUAGUAGCAAUAGCAGCGCCGGUGCGAAUCAGCCGGUGGCCAACACGGCGACGGCAAAGCGUGCCCGCCCGAGCUCGGACGGCGGCGCACGGAUCGUUUGCAAAUCGGUCGGCACGAACACGGGUACCGCGAACGGCGGGCCACCGGCACUGGUGGCGGUCGGGGCGGGUAAACCACUGCUCACCACCGCGGUUGCAUCAACCCAGAAGAAGCUCACCCAAAUGGCCAUCGUGACGGCGAAUCCCUCCGCGAAGAACGGCACAACGACCGCGGCACCGACGACGGCGACGGCAACGACAACGGCGGCGUCCAUGAUGAUGGUUAAGGCCGGUGUCACCAACUCCGCGUCCACGGCUACCAACAGCACUAGCAUCAACCCCCUGCCAACGGAGAAGGCGACCAAAAUUACAGGUUACUUCAAGUCUCAAAUGAAAACGACCAAUACUUUUAAUAAUCUAAAGAAAAAUAUUAAAACUGUAGCGGGACGUGCGUUCACGAUGCAGCAGCAGCAGCAGCAGAAGAAGCAGCUGCUGGCAAACGGUGUCAGCGAGCAAAAGCCGGACGGUACGUCACCAACACCACUACCACCACCAGCCCCACAAUCGGCAUGUUCAUCCGGCACAGCGCCGCAACCAGCACCAUUCUCCGAUGCCGAUGUGGAAAAGUAUCUGAAGCGACUUCAGCAGCAGACGCCGCAAUUGAUAAAAACCAACGGUGGCAACGGAGGUGUGGCCACCAGCACGGCGAGCCCCACCACCACGGCGCUGGAAGCGGUGGCGGUGGCCACCCUGGUCGCAGCAGCAUCCUCCAACGCUAACAACAGCAACAACGGCAAGAAGAUUGAGCGCAAGACGGCUCGCAUCGCACCGACCGUAUCGGCCACACGCAAGAUCAGCCACACGGUGCAGGGUGGCCUCGCGGUUGGUGCUGCUGCCACCGGGCAGGCCCAGGGAAAGAAACCGGUCUGCAUUGCACCGCGGACCACCAGCAGCACCGCGACAAACACCGAGCCGAAGGUGCCAGCAAGCAGUACCGCAAGCGCUAACAACAUCAACAACAGCGUGUUUGGAUCCUCGAGUACGACCACGGUCAGCUUUAACCAAUCGAUUGUGGCGUCCACCACCUCCAGCAGCACCGGCAGCAUCAAUAGCAGUGUGCUUCAUCAGCAAAAGACUGACCAGAUGAUCGGUAAAGUGCCGCAACCACCACCACCGGUUCUUCUCACUGCCAUACGACAGCAACAACCGGCCACCGCCUCGAUGGGGGUUGCACAGUUUAAACAGACGAAGCCAGUGCCGGCUGCACCGUCGGCCGCCGGGAAGCUAACGACGGUUGGGAACGGCGCACCCGGUGCCAGCACGCCGGUUCCAGCUGCUGCCCUGUUUCAAUUUCACCACCAGCAAACGGGUCAGACGACGAUUCCGAUACCGAAUCUGCAGCAACAUCAGCAGGCGGCGAUUGCAAGCAAACUGGGUAUGGGAGGCGGUGUCUCGCUCGCACUGACCGCCGCUCAAACAUCCUCCACCACGACCACCUCGGCCGCGGCCGCCCUUGCCUUCGCGUCCGCCCUCGGUGCAGCAACGCCAUCAUCCGCUGCCGCAACCGCCAACCUGCUAGUCAGUGCGAAUGCACGCGCCCAACACCAUCAUCAGCAUCAUCAUCUGCAAGGGUCGGUCGCGCCAGCUGGCAACGGUGUUGUCGGUGGUGUUACCACUGCCUCCACCAGCACGCCCCAACUCGUCAUGAACGCCACCUUCAUCAAAAUCCACCAGAUCCAGCAGCAACAGCAGGCAGCAGCGGCCGCGGCGCAGCAGGCGGCCCAUCACCAGCAGCAGCAGCAGCAGCAAGCGGCCGCCGCCCAGCAGCAGCAGCAACUGAUCGCGGCGGCCACCUCCACCACCGCGUCCCAGCAGCAAAGCUUCACCAUGGAGGCGUCGGCGAUGAACAUGAAUUUCAGUGGCAUGUUCGCCAAACCGACGACGACCGUCGUGCCGUACUCGUGCCAGCCGGGUCGCGUCAAUGGGACCGGGGCGGCCACCAACAAUGCCACCACCACGCUCUACCCAGCGCAGCUAAGCCAGUUUGCCCAGCAACAGCAGCACCAGCAGCAGCAGCUGAUCAUGACCCCGACCGGGGGAAUCUUUGUGAAUGCGGCCGCCAUUCCGGCCAUGAUCAGCUCGCAGCUGAGUGCCUUUACCCAGGCGACGGCAAACAUCCCCGCCCUGCAUCCACUGCAACCAGCUGGACCGAACAUCAACAACAACAACAGCCACAAUACCACACCGUCUGCCCAGAGCAACAACCCGGUCACCGCUGGACAGUUACCAAAUAUUACAGCUAUCAUCCAACAGAACGGAGGUGCCGGUUCAGGGCAACAACAUCAGCAGCAGCAGCAGCAGCAACACCAUCAUCACCACCAUCAUCAUCAUCAUACACCGCAGCACAAUUCCCUGCUGGCAAACAUUUCUCCUGCGAUCCUCUCGAACUUGCAACAGGUAGCGGCGGCUGCAAUGGCCUCAUCCAAUGGUGUUAGUGGAGGACCAACUGUUGUUGGUGGUGGUGGUGGUGGUGCGGGAAGUAAUGGAUCCGCAGGUAAGCUUGUCACGACCUCCUCCGCCUCUUCCACGCCAGCGGCGGGUCCUCAGUUUGUGCCAAUCUCUGCCGCCGCACACCUCAGUAACGGUACAACGCUCUACGCGGCAACACACCAACAACCACCGGGCACGAUGGGUAGCACCGCCGGUCUCCUAUCGCACCACCAUCAUCACCAUCCGAUGCACCAUCAUCACCACCAUCAUGGUGCGCCGGCAACGCAAUCGCUCUCUCCGCCUCCGCUCGUCGCCACGGUGCCCACCUUUACCACCACCGGGAAACCGAUCAUGAACGCCACCAUCCCGAACGGUGUCACGGCGUCGACGAUGCUACUUGCAACGACGAGCUCCUCGUCCUCAGCCGUUCAGCAGAAGCAGUCCACGCUCCUGCACGGCGGCGAACCACCGGGCUUGGUUCCGGUGCAACUUCCGAAGCAGCAGCAGCAGCAGCAGCAACCGACCAGCGUGGCGAACCUUCCAAAGCUGAUCCGUUCGGCGACGACGGCCCUGGGACGCAGCAAUGGAUCGACGCAGACGCAACCGAUUGCCGCCUCCUCACCGCCCGCACUCAACCCGCUUACACUGGACUGUGGCAGCAGCAACGACAGUGGUAUCGUGGCCAACUCGAGUGACAGCGAAGAUAAAUCACUCACGAUCGAUCUCUGCUCGCCCGGAUCACCGGACGAUUCGUCCACCGGGGGGAAGAAAGACGACGAGGAGGCCGGAAGUAGUACCAGUGGGGCCGGCUCGAGCAAGGGUUCCGAGUCUCGCACGACCCCAUCCCAAUCACCACCGCUCGACGAGGAUGACGACGAUGACGACGAUGAGGACGACGAUGACGAUUGUAGGGCUGGGUUGCGGGAAGUCACCACAUCAACAGCGACCGCGCCCUCCAUCGGCGUGGCGUCCACCGUUGCGGCCGUUUCACCGUUCCCUCCCCCGCUGCGGCUUCUCUCGGACGUGGCAGUGGCGGCGGCCGAGGUCGAGGCUGCCAUCAUCCACCAGCGACGCUUCCAAGCGAUGGCGGCACUGACGAUCCCCAGCAUCGGUUCCUCGUCAAACCCGAGCCAGCAACACUCGCCGAAGAGUAAGGUUAUGGAACUUAUUCGCCAAAAGCACCUGCAACAGCAGCAACAGCAGAAGGAGCCCCAUGGGCAGCAGCACACCUCGAUGGAGUUGGACGAGGAUGAAACGUGCUCUUCGGCGAAAAACAAGGAUGACCAACGGAAGGCACCGCCGUCACGGUUGAAUCAAUCGACCUUAGAUGAGCAGCAACCGCAAGAGUCGUCCAUGUCGGCCGCUUCCUCCGCGACCGGUGCUUCCGAUCUUCAGGAGGACUACACCACCAGCACUUCCACCCGUAGCCCAUCGGAUGGCCAGCAGAUGGAAGCUGCCGCCAACCGUGAGCAGAAACAGUCUACCCCGUUCGAGCAGCUGAACCUUUCGCCGCCAAGCAUCGAAACGGAUCUGCUGGGACCGCUCGCACCGGAAGCGACGUGCGCCCGCAGUCCCAUCCUCUCGCAGCCGAAAACGAUUCGCUUCCCGGCACCGAACGGUACCGCGCCACAUCACAACUUCGGUCGCAAAGGCUUCCGCCGGUCGGGCGAUGGUAGACUGUACGGGGCCUGCUACUGGCGCGAUUGCGACGCCAAGUUCGACAGCAGCACCCAGCUGCUCGACCAUCUACAGAUCGCGCACGUCAACACGCAGAAGGGCCCCCGGUACGCGUGUCUUUGGGAUGGCUGCAAGGUGCACAACAAGGAGUGCACCAAGUUCAACUGGCUCGAAAAGCAUGUGCAGUCGCACGGUUGCAGCAAACCGCACAAGUGCAUCGUGGCCGGCUGCGGUAUGCGAUUCGCCUCGCAGCCCACCCUGCUCAAGCACGUCAACAGUCACUUUGCGAACGCGGACAACGCCAGCUCCAGCAAACGGUCGUCGGAUCCGCCCGUGCCGAAGGUGCUCCGGAAGACGGGCAAGAAACUGCGCUACCGCCGCCAACCGUGGUCAGCUCGCCGUUUUGAUUUUUUCGACGCCGGCGUAAUGGAAGGACUGCAGCAUCGACUGUUGAGAAUCGGAACCGUCGCCAGCGGACCCGGUGGUGCCAUCGUCUUCCAGGGCAAACUGGACGCCCGCCGGCAAACACCGGGUUCUUCCGAGCCGGAAAUUCUCGUCCGUUGGUGGCCAACGGAUAUAUUACCAGAUGAAUGGGUCCCGGAGAGCACAAUCAACGCAUCGUCCAAGAUCGAGAAACAGGUCAGCAUCCAUAAACUCACGAUGGCACAGCGGAACGAUCUGGCCGACUUCUUCCGGGAAGAUAGGCUCAAUCAGAAGUCGCUGCUAAAGGCGAAUUCGUUUGCCGCAAUACAUACCUUCAGCCUCAUGCUGCAGCAACAGGAGCAACAACAGCGAGCAUCGAUCGGCGGUUGUGGCAACAGUGGCAGCAGUUCAAACCUUAGCGCCAUUAGUAGCAGCAGCAGCAGUAGCAGCAGCAGUAACAGCAGCAACAACAGUAGCAGUAGCAACAGCAACGGUGGCUGGAGUAGCUUCAACUCACCCCCUGCUCCAUUCAACAGUCGAACGGCGCCGAAACAGCAGCGAAAACCACCUAAACAAAACUCGAGCACGACAACCGUCUCAUCCGGAUUCCAGUCGAUCUCUUCGACGCCCUCGUCCUCCUCGUCACCAGCUUCGUCGGUGACGGGCGGGACUGGAUUUUCGUCGAUUUUCUCAACCUCCCGUACGACGACCAGUGGCAGUGUUGUCGGCGGUGGCGGCGGCGGUGGAUCGUCCUGUGAUGGAAGCAGUCAGGGUAGCUGUGGCGGCGGAAUGUUACUGUCGUCCUCCUCUGGCUCAUCGAAUUCCUGCUACUCCUCCUCCUCGUCGUCUUCGUCGUCGGUGUCAUCUUCAUCCACGUCGUCACCUUCUGCCUCCAACUGCCCACCGAAGGCGGCCUCCUGACCUUCGGUGGCGUCACAGAAGCAUCCCCCAAGAACCACCAAGCGUAACUCCUCAGCCAACAUCAACAGCAACUGGCAGCAUGAUGGUGAUCCACCAGCGUCAGCCCCGGUAAGAAGAAAAACCAAUCGCAAAGAGGUGGUCAAACCGCUACAACACCCGCCAUACCAACCGGAUGUCAGCCCUGCACCACAGAAACGCAUCGGUCGACGGAAUUCCGUGAUGGCCAAGAAUCGGCGCCGGUAAGGUGCGACUGUCACCGGGAUCUCGCGUGCAAAAGCAGUGUAAGCAAAGGAGGCACGAACAAGGAGUUGACGUGAUCUACCGGAGGUAAUCUAAUCCUUCGGUAUUUGUAAAAAGAACAUCAAUCAGUACUAAGAGCAAUGCAUAGAAAGAUGGAAGGUUAGGUUUAAGUAAUCUAAGACAACAAUGCACACUCCCAAGAGGGGAAAUCGUGGGAUUAAUGUUCGGGGAUGCGCGCGCCCGCUCGCAAACAGUUUACCGCCUCCUCGGUAAAACGCCCGCAAACCGAAACAAUCAUGCAUACGCAUGGGAAAACAAGAAUGGAUAGCCCUCCCACCAAACACUACAGAAACAUUCACACCCCACCACGUAACACAUUUUUAGGAAAAGAAACCCCCCCGUUGCGGUGCGCCCCUCGUUUGCGAAUGGCAAAUGUCUCCCUCCAGUGGCCAUGGAACCGAUUUCGAUCGGGGUGUGAAUGAAAUUCUAAUAGUUUAAUUUUUUUAUCCACGAUUAAUUUAGAAAUAUUUUUCCUCAACUUGUAACAUUAUUUCUCCAUAAGGAAAAUUAGUUAAAUGACCAUGAAAUGCGUGUGAACUAUUUUUUUUUUUACAUUUCAUAUGGUUUAUUGACGUUUCAUUGGAACUAUCUACAAUCUAGUACAACUCAACAUAAAGAAGCAAUGCAAUGGAUAGGUGUAAUGAAAGGAUAUAGUUUAUAUGGACGAAACAAAACGGGGAAGAGCUGUAGUAAAGACCUUGUGUGGAAGACUAGAGAUUUGUUUUUAAAAUCAUGAACUGAAGUGGUACUCGAAGUGAGCACACGACGUGAAAGGGUGAAUAAAAUCGGGUCCGCCGAAAAACAUAGGGACGUGACGAUACAAAAUUAUUUCAAAAUCCGUUGAUCUCAAAGUAGUACUGCGUAGGUGAUAAGCGAAGGAAGCGAACAGAGAAAUGGUGUAGGUAAAAGGGAGUAACAAUCGAAAAAAGGUCCUUACAGGAGCUAUAUACCAACCACCACCCCCAAAACGCACCUGGUAGUGCGGCAAAACUGUAAAAUAAAAUAGUUGCGAGGAAAAGAAUGGAGAAGGAGGUACGCAAACAAGUAAAACUAUAGAAGGACUACCGUAGCGAUAGUUGAUAGAACUAGAAAUAGAACUUUGUGACCAUAAUCAGACGUGCACGUGUGCAAGGAAAGUGUGUCUCGAAAGCGAGGGAUAUUUUUGCACAGAUACCCUUACACAAACAAACACACAAAAUGCAUUCUCUAACGCAUUCGAUCUUCUUCUUUUCUACUCUCCACAAUACACAUUCACACCCCCACACACGCAAGAAAAAUAGGAUAAUCUUAUAUCCUACAAGGGAACACUGCGGUGGCUAAAGACUGAAAAUGUAUUUUUUUAUUAGACUGUGUACAGUGGAACGUAUAGGGGAAAAGAAAAAGAUAGGGAGAGAGUGAUGAAGGAGGAAAAAGGCGCGAUAUAAACUCGCAACACUCGCUCGAAAUGCAACAAAGUAAUAAUCCAAAAUCGCGUAUCUACUCUACGAUACACGAACAGUUUGAUGUGCCCGUAUACUAAGCAAUAAGUUAACAAAACAAACAACAAAGAAUUUGUUUUCGCCAAUCAUGUUUGAAAAUUCUUUAUCUUAUUUCAAUCACCCCAACUCGUGAUUUCCAUGACUCAUGGCUACUCAUUACAUUCGUUUAUACCAUAACAGGACAUUUAACAUUCAAACAUACUAAUGCAUUUCAUACUUUCAUAAAUGAGUACAUGUAUUUAAAUGUGCAUUUAAAGCGUAAAAACUGGAUCAUACAUUGAGACCAUGCAUAAAGCUACAAAUAACCCUGUCGAACAUGUUGUAAUUUAAAAAAGUUAUAAAAGAACAGAUCCUGUUUCAUUUGGUUGCAUUAUCCGCGAGUUGCGAGUUUCUCCUUCAUCCGGCUACUUCCGUUCCUUUCAAAUGCUACACUGUGGUUUAAAAUUUGGUUAAGGUCGAAGAAAAAGCCUAGGAAAAUAGUUUGAAAAGCGAACGGAAACCGAGUAAGGGCGGGGGAGUGGAAGUGAGGAGUAAAUAAUCGCGCAAAGAAAUGAUCACUGCCAAAAAAUGAAACAAGAAAUGAAAAACUAAGCUGACUGAUAACAAAUCACUUUAAAAAAAACUACUGAUUAAACGAAAUUGGACUUAUUAUGCUGCGAAGAAUGGGGAAACGAAAUGAUUGUGUCACACUAAAACGAGAUGAUGCGUGAGGGGGUUGAUCUAUGCUAAAGCGAAUUCUCGAAAAAAAGAACAGAAACAGAACAGACAGAAGUUCAGAAUGAAUGGUUUUGGCGGAGUUUGGCGUAAUUAAUUAGAACGAUUAGCAGGCACACACAAACACAUAUGUACACAUACACCUAGCAUCUUCCUUGAAUUAGUCAAAGCAACCGGGAUACAACAUUAGUUAACGUACAUGGAUGAAUCCAUGUAUGUAUGAGCAAUCAAAAUUUUCAAAAAAAUAUUUAAAUUUCCGGUACACAGAAAGUGAACAUGGGGAAAUUCAAGAUAUGUCAGCCAUAAAGCUAUUGCCACAGCAAACGUCAGGUUAAUAGGGCACGAGAAUGUUCCCAUAUCCUCCCAUAAGGGACUAGGAAGAACUAGCCACUGCCAAAUGAAACUGCCGCUUUCCUAAUACAUCCCUUCCCAAAUGUCUGC